AUGGGCAAACUUCCAACCCACCUCCCCAGGCCGUCGAGCCUCCUCGCCCACCGACCUUCCGUCCUCCCCUCAAGAACAUCCUCGGUCUCGCCAAGCGCAUACAACUCGUCGACGCCCCAAACGAUAUCCCACAUCCAGUCCCGCGCCGCAACCUUCGUCCCCCGCCCCAGGCGCCCCUACACCUUCACCCAGAUGGUCCAGCUCUCCGACGGAAGCACCUUCACCCUCCGCUCCACCUCCCCGACCCCCCUCGUCCGCUCCGCAAAGGACACCCGCAACCACGCCCUGUGGCAGCCCACCGACCAGUCCCUCAAGAACGUCGAGGUCGACGAGGCCGGAAAGCUCGCCGCCUUCCGUGAGCGUUUCGGUCGCGGUUUCGAUCUGGCCGCCGACGCCAACCCCGAGGAGACCCCAGCAGCAGCAGCCGCCGCCGCCGAAACCAGCAAAUCUACUGCCGCCGCCGCCGCCGCCCCCGAAGAGGAUCCCUACGACCUGGGUGACUUGAUCAGCGGCUACGCGGCUGCCAUGCCCGCUCAAGAGGAGAAGCCCAAGCCCAAGAAGGCAGACGCCGUCAAGGGCAAGAAGAAGUAA